CUUUCUCUAUAGGAACUGAGUCUAAGAUGAAGUUAUGGGAUGUUCUGGCCACAUGUUUCUUGCUCCUGAGCUCUGUUGCCACCCGACCUCUCUACCAAAACUCUCCGCCAGCCAAGAGGACUCCCUUCCCCAGCAGCUAUCGUGAUUCUGUUGAAGAGGAAGAGUCAUCGUUCCAGCGUGAAGACCACAACCUGCAGGAGAUCUCCAUGGAGGAUCAGUAUGAAUCUGCGGGUCUCUAUCCUGAGCAGUUUGAGGAUGUGAUGGAUUUCAUCGAGGCUACCAUCGGCCGGCUGCGGAGAUCAUCGGAGCCCAGCACGAGCCCCAGGGGCCGGAGGGAGCCGAGGCAGAAAGGAGCCGCAAAGAUGAGAGGCGCCAGAGGAGAAGGGCGAGGGCACGGAGACAAGAGGAGGGGGCGAGGCCGAAGUCGGAGCGGCAAAGGAGGUGGAGGGGAGAAGGGAAAGGAGAGGAUAUCUGUACAGAGCCGAAGCUGCUUACUGAAGGAGGUCCACCUAAACGUGACGGAUUUGGGGCUGGGGUAUCAGACUAAAGAGGAGCUGAUUUUCCGCUACUGCAGUGGCCCCUGCAUCGAGGCGGAGACCAACUACGACAAGAUCCUGAACAACCUCACACACAAUAAAAAGCUGGACAAAGACACGCCUUCUCGCACCUGUUGUCGACCGAUCGCGUUCGAUGACGAUUUAUCCUUUUUGGACGAUAAUGUGGUGUAUCACACGCUGAAGAAGCACUCGGCUAGGAAGUGCGGCUGCGUUUAAGGAAGUCACAUGACCAGCAGCAGCCAAUUACGGAUCCCACUGACAUGCCGGUGCUAUACAGGGACAGACUGCGGUUGGACAUUUGUAUGGGAAGUCAAAGAGU